GACGCUUCAUCGCUCUUAUCCCCUCCCCCCGCUUCCGCACGCACCUGUUUGCGUGAGGGGACGGGCGAGGAGAAGGGAAAAGGGAGGCUGUCGCGAGUCUUCGUCCCCAGCCCCGCGCACGCGCACUAAGGGGACCUGGAAUCGUGUAUUCAAAAUGGCGGCGGCGAUGGAUGUGGACACCCCGAGCGGCGCCAACAGCAGCGCCAGCAAGAAGCGCUUCGAAGUGAAGAAGUGGAAUGCAGUAGCUCUCUGGGCCUGGGACAUUGUGGUUGAUAACUGUGCCAUUUGCAGGAACCAUAUCAUGGAUCUGUGUAUAGAAUGUCAAGCUAACCAGGCAUCGGCUACCUCUGAAGAGUGUACUGUCGCAUGGGGUGUCUGCAAUCAUGCUUUCCACUUUCACUGCAUCUCUCGUUGGCUUAAGACUCGCCAGGUGUGUCCGCUGGAUAACAGAGAAUGGGAGUUCCAAAAGUAUGGGCACUAAAGAAAGAUGGUCACCAAGUUUACCAUUCUGUCACCAACAUAAUUGGCUCCUCUUGUUAGUGGGUCUGUUUUAGGAAUUAUGUAAAUCAGUUAUACAUAUGUCUUGUUUUUUGCUUUAAUCUUAAUGCUGCCAUAUUGUAUACUCUUAAAUAAAAUAUUGUUGGAACAUCCCA